CCGAGCUCUUGUGACCGGCUCCGGCUUUGAAGGUGGAGAGCUAGCCAUGGCCGUGAUCAACGUCCGGCGGUCGACGAUGGUGAGGCCGGCAGAAGCGACGCCGCAUCGACGGCUGUGGCUCUCCAACCUGGAUCUGGUGACGCCGCAUCACCACACGCUGAGCGUCUACUUCUACCGGCCGGGAGGGUCUGCCAACUUCUUUGACGCGGCGGUGCUGCGCGACGCACUGGCCCGAGUGCUGGUGCCCUUCUAUCCCAUGGCCGGGCGGCUGGCGCGUGGCGAGGAUGGUCGGAUCGUCAUCGACUGCAACGGCGAGGGGGCGCUGUUUGUGGAGGCGGAUGCGGAGGCGACGGUGGACGACGACUUCGCACCCACCGGGGAGCUGGAGCAGCUCGUCCCGAAGCCAAAUGCAGAUUACACCGACGGCAUCUCCGCCUUCCCGCUGUUGCUCCUCCAGGUCACGCACUUCAAAUGCGGUGGUGCAGCCUUGGGCGUCGGCACGCAGCAUCACGUCGUCGACGGCGUCUCAGGCCUUCACUUGAUAAACUCCUGGUCCGACGUCGCCCGCGGCCUUGGCAUCUCCGUUCAGCCAGUCAUCGACCGAACCCUCCUCCGCGCUCGCGACCCACCUAACCCCUCUUUUCCUCACAUCGAGUACCAGCCCCCUCCUUCCAUGAAGAACACCACUGCUGCCCAAAUCCCAGUCCCCGCCGCUGCCGUCCGCAUCUUCAAGCUCACCCGGGAGCAGCUUAACCUCCUCAAAGCCAAAUCUCCCCCGGGCGGCAGCUACAGCACGUACGUCCUCCUCGCGGCCCACGUGUGGCGGUGCGCGUGCAUAGCGCGCGACCUCCCGCCCGACCAGAUGACCAAGAUGUACAUUGCGACCGACGGUCGGCAGCGAGUGCAGCCGCCACUCCCGCAAGGCUACUUCGGGAACGUAGUCUUCACAACCACGCCCAUUGCAGAAGCAGGGGAGGUGACCUCUCCGGAGGGCGGUCCUUCCCCGGCGGCCAAGACGAUCCAGGAGGCUUUGGUGAGGAUGGACGCAAGCUACUUGCAGUCGGCAUUGGACUACCUGGAGAUGCAGCCAAAUCUGGAGGCUCUGGUUAGGGGCGCUCACACAUACAGAUGCCCAACUCUCGGCCUCACCAGCUGGGCGCGUCUGCCAAUCCACGACGCAGACUUCGGGUGGGGCCGGCCAAUUUUCAUGGGUCCAGCCCGCAUCGGCUACGAGGGUCUUGCGUUCGUCUUGCCAAGCGCUGCCGGGGAUGGUGGCCUCUCGGUGGCCAUCUCCUUGCAGCCUGAUCACAUGUUGAAGUUCCAGAAGCUCGUCUAUGAUAUCUAAGAGUACUUUGAGAUUGUUGUGCUUGAAUUUAAGAUCAUCCAUCUGUGUCAUCCUAGUUAUGAUUUGAAAUUGUCAUGUUUAAUAUCGAAUCAAUUAUUUAAAUUUCCGAUAUGUACCCACCCACGCAAACAUUAAUUCGGAGUAUGUGUU